AUGCCUCCCGCAGCGGAUGACAACGCUCCAGCGCACACGGCGAGGUCAACCAGAACUUGGAAAGAGGAUAAUUCUAUUAGUGCACUUCCCUGGCCUGCAAUUGAAAAUUUAUGGGAUGAAUUAGAUAGAAGAUAA